AUGAAUACAUAUCCUUGGGAUAUAACACUAAAGUCUAACGAACAAGAAGAGCUAAUUGAUGCAUUAAACUUCAUUAUAGGUGUGUCUGGUUCUCAUGAACAAGUAAAUGAGAUUCAACAUUGUUUCGAUACAGUGCUUAAAUACUAUCCAGGCAUCAAGAAGGGAGAGUCUUCUCUAGAGUUCUGUAAAAAUAUUAAAAAUUACUUUAUUGAGUAUUUUGAUAAAAAACUUCAAGUAAUAGAUGAUAUGCUCAAUUUGAUUCGUGACAUGUAUUUUUUCUGUGACUCUGAACGUACUAUUGAUAUUUAUAAUGAGUUCCUUUCACAACAAAUUAACACAAUAUGUUUUCUAAAGAACAUACCUUCUAUUCUCCAAGAAUUUCAAAGUGUCAAAACUAAAAGCGAGUGGGGUCAUUUUGAAAAAUCAGCAAAAGAUUUUAUUAGUGAAUAUAUGAAAUCCGAAAAUAUUGAAUUAGAAAGUGACCUAAACAAAAGAAUGGUUUGCAAAAUUCCAAAAAAACCAAAAGAAAAAGAAUUAAAAGAAAAAGAAUUAAAAGAAAAAAAAUCAAAAGAAAAAAAAUCAAAAGAAAAAAAAUUAAGUUUUUUUAAUACGGGUAAAUCCUCUGAAUUAGAAAGUGAAAUCUCUAAACUAAAAGAAGAAAAAGAGAAAAUACAAACUGAAUACAAUACCUACAAAAAAUUAAAAGACCAAGAGCUCAUUAAACUUAACGAGAUAAACGAAACAACCAUGUCUCAAAUGAAAAAACAUGAAGAAGAAUGCUCAAAAGUUAUUCAAGACUUUAAAAAAGUAUCUCAUAAAUUUGAAGAUGAGAAACAAAGACAACUCAAUGAAUUUGAACAAAAGCUUAAAGAGAUUAAAAUACAAAAUGAACAAGAUGUUACACAUAUUUAUGCUGAAACAAAAGAAAUACAAAAGGAAAUAAAGGCUUUAAAAAAAGACAUUGAAACAAAAAACAAAAAAUAUAAUGAUUUAAGUCAACAAUUGGAUGGACUAAAGAAACAGUUAUAUGAUUGUCUAAUGAUGCAAAACAUUCCUAAAGGUGUUAUUUUCAAAUUGAAGACAAAUACAGAAUAUUUUAUUAUUCUUGCAUCAAGUCUUAGUGAACACAAAGUCUCUCUUCCUCGCGUAAAUCAAUGUAUGUUAGGAGGUUCUUUUGAAGUUGAGUUAUAUCAGCUUGACCUCCAAAGUUGUAGUUUUGAUAAUCAAAUUACCUUUCAAGAACAAGGGUCUCAAUUGUCAAAUGAAAAAAGAUAUGAUGUGAGGAUAGAAGUUAUUGAACGUUCAGAGGAUGAAAAGAAAGAAGAAGAAAUAGUGGAGUGUAUAGACAAUCAUCCAAAACAUCAGUUAUUUCAACAAAUAGUUGAAAUUCCUCUAAGCACAUUUUUAACAGGAGGGGCAGUAGAGGUAAGUGUAGCAAAUAACAGUUUAAUAGUUCCAAUUCUUGUUGGAGAAAAAGAAGGUCUUUCAUUAACUUAUGGCUCUGUUUCUACAGACAGUGAUGGAAAUAUUAUAGAUGUCGUCUUAAAAACAAAAUAUCUUGAUGACCCUCAUUAUCAAAGAGUAGGUGAUGACUUAAUUGGGGUUUUCCAAUAUUCACAAGAAAAUGCUGGUGAAACAAUCCCCAUUCCUUAUAUUGUUGAAGGUCAGUCAUUAGGAGACUUUGUUUUACAAACUGGAAAAUAUAGGUAUCAAGGAUAUGGUUUUUCUUCACCAACAGGAAUAAGAGGAGAUUAUUGGUUACAUGUUAAACUUAUUUAA